AUGCCCUCUGUGGUGGUGGCUCAAGGGACUGCGCAAACCAAGCAUUACGAGGUGCAAGAAGGCUUCCUGUUCCUUCAAGGCAUGCAUUCGGCACAUUCAUUUGGUGAAACAAUGACGGUUCACGAAUUGGGUUACGAGAUGGAUACAUAUCUAGACGAAGCGUGUGAAACAGCUGUUGUAGAUGCAAAUAUGGAGAGCGAGCCCUUUCUCGCAUCAAUCCCUAGUAGCACCACAUCUUGGGUUGCUCCCAAAGGCUUCAUAUGGAUUGAAAUUGCGAUAUUCGCAAAUGUAUUCCUAUCGGGCUUUGAUGGGACUAUUACAGCGUCAACAUAUGCUGUAAUCAGCUCCGAGUUCAACGCUGCCAACAAUGCUUCCUGGCUGACGACCUCCUAUUUGAUCACAAGCACUGUUUUCCAGCCCUUGUACGGCCGAUUCUCCGAUAUUUUCGGUCGGAGAGCUUGUUUUUUUACCUCGACCAUUACUUUUAUGCUUGGUUGUCUGGGCUGUGCUCUGGCCCCAAACAUCGUGGUUUUAAAUUUGAUGCGCGCAGUAACUGGUCUGGGAGGGGGUGGGUUGAUGACGAUGGACAUGAUUCCUUUCAAAGAGCGAGGGAUGUAUCAAGCGGUCCAAAACGUCUUGCACGGAUUCGGGUCGAUUUGCGGUGCGUCGAUAGGCGGAUCGAUUGCAGACACGAUCGGAUGGCGAUGGUGUUUCCUAUUGCAAGUGCCAGUGUCAAUUCUUGCACUAGUAGUCGGUCAUCUGGUAGUUAUAAACCAGUCUCACUAUCAGAACGUAAAUCGCGAGGCGUCCAAGACCACACUAUCUGCGAUUUGGAACCGUGUCGACCUGUCCGGUUCCUUCUUGUUGAUCGUAGGAUUAAGCAGCCAACUUGUGGGGCUCGGUCUGGGCGGUAACGAGCUACCCUGGAGCAGUCCCUGGGUUAUUCUAUACGCCUUGUUGCCAGUGUCCUGA